AUGGAGAUGUUUGUGAGUCAGCUUAAGUGUCCAGGUGUCAGUGAUACACAGAUGCCUCCACCUGUCGGACCCCCAGCAGUGCCGCCUCCAGACGGUGGGUGGGGCUGGGCUGUGGUGGGCGGGGCCUUCAUCUCCAUCGGGUUCUCUUACGCCUUCCCGAAAGCCACCACCGUGUUCUUCAAAGACAUCCAGAGGAUCUUCCACGCCUCGUACAGCGAGGUGGCCUGGAUCUCCUCCAUCAUGCUGGCCGUCAUGUACGCAGGAGGGCCCAUCAGCAGUAUUCUGGUGAACACAUGCGGCUGUCGUCCCGUCAUGGUGUUGGGCGGCUUCCUGUGUGCCAUCGGCAUGAUCAGCGCUUCCUUCUGCAACAGCGUCACGCAGCUCUACAUCUGCAUCGGCGUCAUCGGCGGUCAGUGUGAUGACCAACACAUGCAACCGCAUUCUCUGACAAGCUGCAAUAGAGGGAAGCUAGUGGACAUCACAAAGAACUACAAGUACAUGUACCUGUGCUGCGGGUCGGUGGUUGUCCUGUCCAGCAUCUGGCUCUUCAUCGGCAACUUCAUCAACUAUCGGCUGCUGGAGCGCGAGCGCAAACACAUGCAAGAGGAGAUGUACAAACGCGCCGACCGCGAGGAGCAGGAGCGGGACCAGACGGAGACUGACACAGACGUGACGCAGGAGCUCUGCGAGAACAAAGACGGCGUCAUGCAGCACGAAACCAACAUCUGA